AUGAAUGGUCCAACGAGGGAAUCAAAACACCGCAUCGCCCUUCUGGAAGAGGAAGAGGUUGAAACCUUUGUCGCUUUCUGCGAGUAUGCAUACACCGGCGAUUAUAGUGUCCCUCGUCUCGAGCGGGAGGUCCAGGAGGAGCACCAGCAUGGAGGAGUUGAGAAUUCGCCAAGUACUGCCACCUGGGGGGGAAACUAUCGAACUGGUUCAAUGUCGUCGACUAUACCCCCUCUGGCUCCGUCGCCACCUCCACAAUGUCGUCACGGAGAACAAGGACCGGAUCACCAGCCUGCACCUGAGCCUGAGCCACCAGUGUCUCAGCCCGUGUCUGAACCUGUGCCCGCCGAGGCGCAGGAGCCGGUAACUCCAACCUUGGCGCCGGGGCCUGAGGCCGAGUCGGUUCCAGGACCCGAGACCCCAGUCGAUGUCGCAAAGCUGGAGCCAGAGACAGAGACAUACCACGAAGCGGAGGCUGGACUAGAGACACCAGCCGCGGAAGUGCGCCCUGCCGACGAUAACUGGGCGGUUCCGACCGAAGAACCUGCGACAGUGGAGCCAGACGAGCCCAAGGUAAACAAAAAGAAGGGAAAGAAAGGUAAGAAGGGCAAAAAGCAAGAGCUCGUGGAAGAGGACCCUUCCGCCCCCGCUGAAAUUGUCCACCUUACGCCGCCAUCAACACCGCCUCCUGAAGUUGCCAUUGAGCCUGUCCCGGAACCAGAAGCAGCGCCCGUUGAAGAAUGGGCUACAGCAAACGCUGUCUCAGAACCAGACUUAGAACCGACUGAGCACUGGGAACAGCCCGCUGAAGAGCCAACACCUGAAGCUGCACCUACCAAAGAACAGCCACCCGCUCCGGAAGGACCGAUGGAAGAUUCAUGGACUCAAGACCGAAGUGAAGGCGCCAUCAUUACCCAAGCACAGCGCCAACGACCCAUGCUCGACAUGUCCUUUGCCACCCAGCAAGCGACCUCACUCUGUGCGCCGGGCCUUAAUCUAUGGGAUGAAUUCAAGUCCCUACAAUACGACGAGCCAGCACACUUCAAAGACCCAAUCGAGACGCCAAGCAACGACAUCCCCGACAUCACCUUCCACGCGAAAGUCUACAUCUUCGCCACACGGUACCUAAUCCCUGCUCUUGCCCAGCUCUGUCUUCGAAAGCUGCAUCGCGACCUGCUCCUGUUAUCCUUGACAGAUUUUGAACCCGCCGAUCCAGGCGAUUCCCCAGUUCUAGACGGCUUGGCAGCAACCAAGGCGCAGAUGGUAUUGGAGCUGGUGCACUACGCCUACACCAAGACGGCCCGCCUGGAGCCAAUCUCGCCAACGUCCGCGACUCAACUUCGGGAGAACCAGCUGCGGCGACUGGUGGUGCACUAUGCGGCAUGCACCGUGAAGGAACUGUCACGGUAUCAUUCGGCCAAGGAUUCGGUCGCGGGAACCUCGUUGUCAGUGGACGCCAAGGCCGAGCGGCCUGAGAAUUUCACUUCCCCCAAGAGUUUCCGCGCGUUGUUGGAUUCGACGACGGAGCUGGCCUCUGAUCUGGUCUACCGUAUGAUGUGA